CUUUAGCUUUUUUAACAGGUCCGCGACUGUUGUAGUGCAUUUUCAUACACACGAUAUUAGUGGUCCACAGUGUUGUUCAUUGAAUCAAAAUUUAUUGUCAAAAAUACAAAGUUUAUUAAACAAAUUUAGUUAAUUAAUUGAUUCGCAAACCAUUCCACAGCAACCACAAAACAAUGACUACCACAGCACCACCAAAGACAAAAGAGUUUGCACUAUUACCGAAAAUUAUAAAUGGAGGCAUUGCCGGAAUUAUUGGUGUGUCGUGCGUGUUUCCAUUGGAUUUGGUGAAAACACGUCUCCAAAAUCAACAAGUUGGUCCCAAUGGAGAAAAGAUGUACAAGUCAAUGUUCGACUGUUUCAAAAAGACCUAUCGAGCUGAAGGCUAUUUUGGCAUGUACCGCGGCUCUGCAGUCAACAUUCUCUUGAUAACACCGGAAAAAGCGAUCAAAUUGGCCGCUAACGAUUUCUUCCGACACCAUUUGACCACAAAAGAGGGACAGUUGCCGGUGACUCGCCAAAUGGCCGCUGGUGGUCUGGCUGGCUUAUGCCAGAUCGUUAUAACAACGCCGAUGGAAUUGCUGAAAAUUCAAAUGCAAGAUGCUGGUCGUGUCGCCGCACAAGCAAAACUAGCUGGAAAAACCGUUCCGAAGACGUCAGCCACCCAACUAGCUCUUACUCUCUUCCGUGAGAAAGGUAUUUUGGGUCUCUACAAAGGCAUCGGUGCCACUAUGUGCCGUGAUGUAUCAUUCUCAAUCGUGUACUUCCCAUUGUUUGCCACACUCAAUCAAUUCGGCCCGCGUAAAAACGAUGGAUCUGGUGAGGCCGCAUUUUUCGUUUCGUUUGCGUCCGGCUGUGCUGCUGGUUCAUUUGCAGCGCUGGCAGUCAAUCCAAUGGAUGUGGUGAAGACGAGAUUACAGGCCAUUACUGCGGUAGAAGGUCAACCCACCUACAGUGGCAUUUGGGACUGUGUUUAUAAAACUUUGAGACACGAAGGACCGACGGCAUUCUUUAAGGGUGGCCUGUGUCGUAUGAUCGUUAUAGCACCGUUGUUCGGUAUCGCGCAGAUGGUCUACUUCCUUGGUGUGGCCGAAACUCUGUUGGGCCAGAAAGGAGAUAAGAAAUAGAAGAAAUGUUUGUGAUAGCUGAAUAUGCGGACUGGAUGUUGUGGAAAUUAGACUCCAAUUGGAUGAAAUGACAAUAAAAUUUACAAAAUUUUUCGUGUUGAUUGGGAAAAGUGUGUAAAAAUCUACUAUAUACGACGUUGCGGUACUAAAGAAAAGUUUUAUUUUGUUAAUGAGCAGUUCCAUUGCUUUGCUUACGUAAAUAUUUUUGCCAAUUCAAAUCGCCAUAGAUUGCAUGUGGUCAGGAUCUAAUAUUACAGAAUUGAAAUUCAUCAAAAUUCUCAUGAAAUUGUUGACAAAUUCUGUGGAUAUUGCCCGGGAAUUAAUUCUUAAAUAUUUGUCCCUGUCACUAAUGAAUGGAUGAUUUGAUAAACUCUAAUGAAAUAGUCAAUUAGAAAAGUUCAAUUAAGAAAAUUUAUUUCAUAAAAUGAAAGUGUGCGUACGUUCGCCCCGAACGCAAAACUUGGAUAUAUUACGUUGAAUGGCGACUCUAUAUUUUUUUAUUGUUUUAUUUCUGUAAACACACACAAUACAAUACUCUCUCUGUUGUUAUUUAAUUUUAAUCGAAAUAUUUUAAACGAAAAAAAAGAAGAAAAUUGUUAAUUUACACAAAUAAAUGUCUAAUGUAAAGCAGAAUGGUGAACAAAAUAAAAAGUUGCAACAGUUAA